AUGAGACUAUUAGAGUCCACAAGUGCUAUUCAAAAUGUAACAACAGGACCACUUUCAUCCUUUGAAAUUGUAAAGAAUGAAGAAUUCGAUACUCUUCCCGAACAUUUGCAAAUUGCUUUAGGAAUUGUAGUUUCUCAUGAUUUAUAUCAAGAACAACAAAAAGAAACUUCAACAAGUUUAAAUUCUUCUAUCAAGGAUGUUUCGGAUAAUUCUCAAGUUUCUAAUAAUCAACAACAAUCAACAUCAACUGCUUCAAAGCAAAUCACUGCCAAUCAAUUAAAACCUCCAAACAACAAGCAACAACAAUCCCUUCAAGAUUUAAAGAAUGAAACUCUUCAACAAGAAAACGAAACCAAUCAAGAACAAGACAUUAGUGAAAGAGAGGAACAAGAACAAGAUUUGAGUUUUGCAAGAAGAAUUUUGGGAGCUUUUGAUCUAGUCAGUGUCAAUGAAAGAAUUAAACAAUUCGAAAAUGCAUCAGCUCAACAAUUACCAAGAAUUUCAUCAUUGAAAAAUGUGAAAAGUAAGGCUCAACAAAGAAUUAUGGUUAAAUAUAGAGAAGCAUCACCAGUGGAGGAGUUGGUUUUUGAUUCUCCAUCAAAACCUAACAAACCAAAACCUCAAAUUCCAAAGAAACAAUUAAGUUUGUGUCUGAAGAGAUUUAUUCAGAGAGAGGAGGAAUAUUUGAGUCAUUUGGGAUAUAUUUUACCAAGUUUUUAUAAGAAUCAAAUUAUGGAAGUGAUUAGUAAGAGAAAUAACGAUGAUGGAGAGGUUCAAAUUAUAGAAAAGUUAUUUAACAUGUUGAUUAAUUCAUUUAGUGCUGAUAGGAAGCAUUUGAGAUUGAUGCAAUUGAAGAGACACUUGGCUGAACAAACUGUCUCUGAGGCCAAUGAUCAGUGGUUAGAUGAUUUUGGUGAUAUCAUUUUGGAGUUUGUUCAAGACACAUUGAUCACCAAAUAUAUCGAUCAGUAUUUGGUUGAAUAUACAAAGAAAGGUCUUCGUUAUAGAAUUCAAAAAAUUCUGUUAGAUUCUGAUAAGCAAUUAAAGACACUGAUUGAGGACAAGUUGGAUGUUGCUUCAAGGGAAUCUCAAAAGAAAGACAAGCUCAUUACUGAUAUUUUAACCUUUGAACAAAUUAUUCAACAACCAACUAUACGUUUGACAUACUAUUUAGUUCAAUUCCGUGAUGUUUUCCAUCCUCUCAUUCCAGAAGAUCAUCCAUGUCUCAAAUUGGAAACAGCAAUCUAUAAAUUGGAAAAGAAAAUGAUAACCAAUAGUGAUAUAUUAGAAAUGGCUUAUCAGCUCAAUAAGACUUUGGAAAUUCAAAACAGAUUGAACAUUGAAAACCUGGAAAGGUAUACAGCUUUUGAUUUGGAAUAUAAUUUGGGUUCUUCAAUGAGAGUUUCCAUUAGUGAGAGAGAAUCUACAGUCUAUAAAAUCGAGAGACCACGUAGAAAAUCAAUUCUCGAGGAGGCAGUUCCCCGAAUGCCUAAAUUCGUCUACUCUGUUCAAGCAGGUGAAUCCUCCCCAUUGGCAAACUAUUACGAUACCAAUGAUAAGCUCAUUUAUAAGGUUAAAAAGAAUGGAAGGAGUCCACCAUGUGAAGCAUACCUCUUUGAGAAUGUUCUAAUCAUCAGUUGGCUCAACAAGGACAAUAAUUUCAAGAGGGAGAAGAAAUUGUACUAUAUUGACACAACAUGCAUUGUGGAAAAGUAUGGAGAGAAGGGAUUUAAAUUGGUCUAUGCUCCAGAGAAACAAAAAUGCUUUGAGUGUGAAACUCCAGAGGAAAGAAGACGUUGGAUUCACUAUAUUCGCUCCAUUCUCUCUGGUUCUCUCCUCUCAGCUCAAGAAACCAAACAAAUUGUAAAGCACUUGAGAUCAGUCUCGAGUUUGGAGAGACCUGAAGCUAGGUAUGCCGAAGAUUUAGAUGCUCUUAUGGCUAGAAGAUCUAUUGACCAUGCAAAAUUCGAUGAAGUUGAGGUUGCUGGUGUGAAUGUUGCCUUUGGUGAGGAUGGAUCACUAAUUGGAGCAACUAUUGAAAAGCUUGUUGAAAGAAUGACAGUUUCCAAUAGUGUUCAAGAUAUGGCCAUCAAGGAUGCCUUCCUCUUGACCUAUCAUUCAUUCACAAGCGCCGAGAAGUUCCUAGAAUUGUUGAGUUUAAAGUGGAACUUGCCUCCACCUAAUAAUGAAGUAAGAUCCAAUUCUGCUCUCUUUGCCCAAUUUGAAAUGUCAGUCUUGGCACCAAUUAGAAUUAAUAUUUAUGGUAUUUUGAAGAGAUGGAUUUCAGAUCAUAGCUAUGACUUUAAGAGUAAUCCAGGAUUAACAAGAUUAUUGUCGAACUUUAUUGAAAAUCACAUGGCCAAGACUUUUGAAAAAUUGGCAGACAAUUUGAGAACUGAACUCAAGAGAAUUAAAACUAAGAGAGAUACUUUGGCAAGUGUCCAAAAACAAUACCUAGAAAAACAAAUCAAAGAGUAUGAAAAUGAAGAUGAAGAAAAGGCGAAUGCUCCAAAACCAGUCUAUCCAUCCUCUUUUAGGAAAUCCUUCAGAAAUUUGGUAGAAGUUAAGGUUCUAGAUUGGAGCAGUAUUGAAAUUGCUCGUCAAAUAACUCUGCUAGAAAGUGCAAUUUUCCAAAAAAUUCAACCUAAAGAAUGUCUAGGACAAGCAUGGAACAAGAACAAGAUUGGUGCACCAAAUAUAUGUGAAAUGAUUCAAAGAACCAAUACAGUUGUCUUGUGGGUCGCUCACACCAUUCUCGACAAUAAGAAGGAAGAAAAGAGAGUGAAGGCCAUUCGUAAAUUCAUCAAGAUUGCACGAGAAUUGAGAAGGCUCAACAAUUUCAAUGGACUGAAAGAAAUUGUUGGUGGCUUGAGAAGUGCUCCUAUCGCAAGACUCAAAAAAGCGUGGUCUCAAGUUCCAAAGAAACACAUGGAAGAAUAUAAGGAAUUGGAAAAGGUAGUUUCCACACUCAAGAAUUACAAAGAGAUGAGAACCAUCAUGAAGGAAUGUACACCUCCACUCAUUCCAUUCAUUGGACUCUACCUCACUGAUUUGACAUUCAUUGAAGACGGUAACAAGGACUAUAUUAAUGAGGAGAAGGGAAUUAUCAACUUUUUCAAGAGACAAAAACUUGCCUUUGUCAUUCAAGGUGGUAUCAAGAGAUAUCAAAAAGAAUAUGACUUGAAGAAUGUGACAGAACUCAAAUCAAAACUAAUUAAUAUGGUUCACUUUAAUGAGGACAAGCUUAUUGAACUUUCAAUGUCAUUUGAACCAAAUAAUCAAACAACACAACAAUAA